UUAAAAUGUUACUUUUUCAGCAGGCUCAUGUUCUAUCGGAUAUUGGCAACACUGCUAACACAGACUAGACUAGUUUCAUGCAAAAUUCCAUUUUUCUAACCUCUUUGGAACGGCGUCUUAUUAUAUCUAUUUUAUAUAAUUAAUUAAAAUAAAUUAAAAUACCUAAUAAUUGUAUUACAGUUGUCUAGUAGAUUUUAGAAUAUAGAAUUAUAAUUUCUAUGUAUGACUUGUUAGUAUACGAUUGAAAAAUGACUUCUAGAGUAUUUUUGCAGGCUCACACACCAUUUAUAUUAACCAGGAGGUUUCGAGGCAAAAUUAAUAUUCAAAAACCUAGGAAACCACAUUUUGAAAGGCAGCUGUUAUUAGAUUUAAGCAAACCUAUAUAUGGUCCAUCGAAAAAUACUCUGCCUGACUAUGUUAAUUGUGAUAGAGGAGAAAAAGUAAAGAAAGUAGAAAUUGACAAUCCCUUUGAAAGGAUAUUAGCCAAUGAGUGUCUCAAUUGGUUCAACACUUCAAAAAUGGUUGUAUUUCUACAUGUGAAUUCAAUCAGUAUGGAAGAAAAGACUCCUGUAUUUGCUGCUUUGAAAAAGAAUAAUAUGCAUUUGAGAACUUAUGGUAAAAAAAUUGUUAGCAUGGCUACAAAGGGUACUCGGUAUGAAGUAGUUAACAAAUUGUUUACCUCACAUCAAAACAUAAUUUUUGGUCAACCAGAAAAUGCUGAUAAGAUGUUUAAAAUAUUAAAAAAAACACCACAGCUUGUUGUUAUGGCUGCAAUUAUACAAGAUCGGCUGAUGUCUAAAAAUGAACUUGUAGAGUUCAGCAAAAUGCCAAGCUUGGAAACAGCAAGGAGUCAGCUAUGUGCAGUCCUAGAGAAUGUAGGCUCUAGUCUCGUGGGUCAAUUGAAUGGAACUCAACAAAUUCUUGUCUCACAUUUGGAGAAACAUUUAGAACUUCAAGGAAGUACUAAUAAGCAAGAUACUGAAAGUUAAAAAUAGUGUAGUAGCAUUAAUAUAUGGAAAUUAUAAGUUUUUAAUUGUAAUAUAGUGGUUUAGAUA